GGCGCUGGUGAGCUCGUCCAAACAACGAGGAAUUCUGGGAUAUCGUCUGGCUGCUGCUGCUACGGUGCUGCUGCGUUCCCAAUCGACUCUUCGGAGGAGCGAAAAAGUUUUCCCUAGUCUGGUCGAAGCCGCUGGACGAUAAUGUAAUGAUCGUUUCCGACCUGCAGCGCGAAUCCGACGAGCAUGGAAGGAGACGUGAAUGGCACCACCAAGACGCUUGUCUUCAGGAGCGAGUGCUUCGCUUCCACGACGGCCGACGUAGAGCCUCCCCGAAAGCGCCAGCGGACUUCAGAGGACUUCAUCUCGUUCUGCAAGUUCAUCCUGGAGUACGAGAACUACGAGAGCAUCAAGCAGGAGGAAGAACUUCAAGAGAAAGACGCGGCCAGCCCUUCCGACUGCUCGGCAGACAGCGUAGACAGCGUCAAGCAAGAAGACAGCGACCAUCAAGUUGGCAAACCCUUGGGCUGCCCUGCUGCGCCGCCCGAACGUGCCACUGUGCAGCCAACUAUGAGCCACGUGCUCUUAAUGCAGCCCGACGCCUUGCGUGGGGGAUCUCUGUCCGAGGUGCCGACGCUGGCAGACGACGACUCUCACGACCUGAUCACGUGCUUCUGCCUGAAGCCGUUUGCAGGGCGGCCCAUGAUUGAGUGCUCCGAGUGCCUCACGUGGAUCCACCUGUCGUGCGCCAAGAUUCGGCGCAACAACAUUCCCGACGAGUUCACCUGCCAGCGCUGUCGCGAGGCCAAGCACACGACGAGGCGCUCGCAGCGGAUACGCGCCGGCGGCACGACGCCCCCUCAGCGGCGGAGGCCCUCGACGUGACAGUGUUGAUGACGACGACGACCGUGUGUGCGCGUGACGGUGCGGACCUCACGACUUGCGGGGGCGUGCCGCGACGCGACGGCACUCUAGUCUUCUGCCCGGGCCCUCGUGGUGGCCGCUGUACAGACUCGCGGUGUGCCUCGGGGGCACGUUCCUUGCCUCCCCCCCACGGGGGCAGGCCUCUCUGUGUGGGGGGGGUUGACCCAGUGUGCGUGGCUGAGAUAAAAAGAGCUUGGCUGUUUGGCA